AUGCGCCUGCUGCAGGCGAGAGUGGCGCCGGCGCGGCCCUUCGACAUGAGCCGGUACGGCCAGCGGUGGGUCGCGCUGCGGGUCGCGUACAUCGGUACUCGCUACCACGGCAUGCAGUACGCUGAGGGCGUCGAGACGGUGGAGGGGGUGCUGUUCGAGGCGCUCACAAAGACGAGGCUCAUCGCCGACCGGGACAGCUGCGGCUUCUCGCGCGGCGGCCGCACCGACCGCGGCGUCUCCGCCCUCGGCCAGGUCGUGGCGCUGCGGGUCCGCUCCUCGGUGGCGGCGGACUUCUCGGCGCGCUUCGACGCCACGUCGCGGACGUGCCGCGGCCGCUGCUCCGCGGCUGAGGCGAGGCGGGCAGAGGGAUGGCUGAGGAGGGCGUGUGGAUGA